GCGAAAGUUGAUGGAUGCUGUCCUCAACCGCCGCAGCUUUCUAACUAGCGCAUCUUGACCUGUCAUGCAUUCACAUUUUGCGCCGAAUCGAGGAGACCGUCCUCGAAUACACCAAGAUGCCCUACAACAUUGCUAUGGUUAGCGACAACUUCUUUCCGCAGCCGGGUGGAGUGGAAAGUCAUAUGUACCAGCUGUCCAGCAAACUCAUAGAUCGAGGACACAAAGUGAUCAUCAUUACACACGCAUAUGCCGGCCGAACGGGCGUCCGAUACCUUACGAAUGGCCUCAAGGUCUACCACGUUCCCUUCUGGGUCGUCUACCGUGAAACGACAUUCCCGACCGUCUUCUCCUUCUUCCCCAUCUUCCGGAACAUAAUAAUACGGGAGCAGAUCGAGAUUGUACACGGCCAUGCUAGUCUCAGCAAUCUAUGUCAUGAAGCAAUCCUUCAUGCGCGGACCAUGGGGCUGAGGGCGGUGAUGACGGAUCACAGCUUGUUUGGCUUUGCAGACGCCGCGAGUAUCCUCACGAAUAAGCUUCUGAAGUUCACUCUGAGCGAUGUGGACCAUGUUAUUUGCGUCAGCCAUACAGGCAAGGAGAACACAGUACUCAGAGCCUCGCUUGAUCCCCUCAUGGUCUCGGUCAUUCCAAACGCUGUUGUCGCAGAGAACUUCCGACCCCUGUCAUACCACUCCCACAAUGCACGUCGUCACAGUGCGCCCGGUCCCCCACAGCCUCUGGGUCCACACGAUACUAUAACCAUUGUUGUGAUAUCCCGCCUUUUCUACAACAAGGGCAUUGACCUCCUUAUUGCGGCCAUUCCUCGUAUCCUCGCUUCUCAUCCCAAUGUACGCUUCAUAAUCGCUGGUACGGGCCCCAAAGCAAUCGACCUAGAACAAAUGAUUGAGCGGAACGUCCUCCAGGAUAGGGUAUCCUUGCUCGGUCCGGUGCGCCACGAAGAGGUUCGCGAUGUGAUGGUACAAGGCCACAUCUAUCUCCACCCGUCGCUGACCGAAGCCUUCGGCACCGUCAUUGUCGAAGCUGCGUCCUGCGGACUGUACGUGGUAUGCACUCGAGUUGGUGGUAUUCCGGAAGUGUUGCCCAACCACAUGACAGAGUUUGCAGCUCCAGAAGAGGAUGAUUUGGUUGCUGCUACUGGUCGCGCGAUUGCAAAAUUGCGGGAGGGAAAGGUCAGAACGGAGCUCUUCCACAACCAAGUCAAGCAAAUGUACUCGUGGACCGAUGUCGCGCAAAGAACGGAAAUCGUGUACGAUGAGAUCAGCGGAGCGUUCAGCUAUGAUGAGCAUGGCCAGGAUGCGGGAGUAGGUGCUGCACGGUCCACUACACGGAGCCGCGCAGGCGUCCAGAGUUUCGCACUCAUCGACAGGCUCAAGAGGUACUAUGGAUGCGGUAUAUGGGCCGGAAAGCUCUUUUGUCUGUGCGUCAUUGUCGACUACCUCCUAUACGUCGUUCUAGAGAUCUUUGCGCCCAGAUCCCGAAUCGACAUUGCCAGGAACUGGCCGAAGAAGGACUGUAGAAAUGGAAAAGAGAAGGACGCGGAUGCCGUCAAAGCUGGGGCCACAGUAGGCAGGAAGAGAAGCUCUCGUCACCGCAGAGAGAAAAGAGCAGAGCCGGAUGAGAGCUAAGGCCUUACAUACCGUGAGAGGCAUCGUAAUCACGAUACUCUUCCAGAAGAACGUACAGGUUUCGCGCAAAAAUAAUUAUACGAUUACCCUACAUCCUUCCUCAGUCCAGACUGAAGACCCAGAGCGACCGUCGAGAACG